UGUGGAGAGUGGUAGUGUGGUGGUGGCAACAGGAGGUGGCGGAGCAGACGAAGCGAUCACCAGAUAGAGAAAUGUGUUCCUAGAAUUUCAUCUUCUUCUUCCUCUGAUAAUGAUGGUUGUGUGGGAGCGGGUCGUGAGGGGGCGGGUGGCUGUGUUUAUGAUGAUGACGGUGGUGGUGCUGUACUGGUGUCACACGCUCACCCCGUCUACAACAUACGACGUUAACACCCUCCCCCACCAUUACGAGAGUCCCGUACACGCCUCCAACAGUACCUCCGACGUCCACACGGGUCCUGCACACGCAUACAAGAGGCUGUUCCACUCCAACACGCGUCACACUCAAGUUGAAAACCCUGAUGCUAACCCUCACCCGAGUCCCGCCCAGGUGGAAAACAACGUCACACACGGCAACAAGAUACCAAGUACCUCUCAUAGUAUACCUAGAGGCCAGACCCUUCGUAAUAGCCAUACCCGAUAUAAUUCAAAUAACUCUCAAAACACAGGAGCAGCCACAAAAGUCAACAACAAUGCACUGCACAAAAAUAACAGCGAUGACAGUGAGACAAAGGCUAGUGAAAACAGUGUUGAUGCUGUCACUGUAACUGGUGAUUCUGGCGACAAUAAGACCAAUAUUACUAAAGCCAAGAUCAAAACCAAAGUCACCGGGACCAGAUCUUGGACGAACGAUGGAAAUAAUAUCACUAAGACCAGAAGGAAAACGGGAGAAGUGGCCAGUAUACGGAAGACCAUGACCAGGGCAGGAGCUCUCAAAUAUAAGAACAACAACUUCAGCAGCAGUGUUUCGACGAGUUCCUUAGGAGUUAUGGUCAACACGUCAAGGCCUAUACGACAACUGUGGCCGCUAGACAGUCGCUGCUCUGGGGUGAAGGUGAGAUUCGGUGUGGGGCUGAGGAGGGUUUGGUUGCUAUCCUUCCCUCGCUCAGGCAACACCUGGACCCGCUAUCUGAUGGAGGCCGCCACGGGAUUCUUCACCUCUGCCGUCUACAACGAUAAAACACUCAUCAGCUUAGGAUUCCUGGGAGAGGCCGAAGAUCAUCUGGCGGGCACAACGAUCCUACAGAAGACCCACAGCGAAAACCACAUCACCCAGGACACCGACCCCGUCAUCCUCCUCGUCAGGAACCCCCUCAGAUCCCUGGUAUCACUGUGGAGUUGGCGGGUGCUGGACGGAACACCCAGCCAGUAUAACGGCUCGGCGCCCCUGGAGGCCUACAGAGGCACGGAUUUUCACACGUUCACAUGGUACCACUCUUCCCUGUGGUCCGAGACGGUGACCUCCGCCUUGGCAAGAUUCCCCACACUCCUCAUCCUCUACUACGAGCACCUCCAACAGGACCCCAUUAGGGAGGUGCGGAGGGUCCUGGACUUCCUUCACCUCCCACCUGACGAGGAGCGACUCACGUGUCUAACCCGACACCUUCAGGGGCCCUUCCUGGGGGCUAAAAAGGUCGAUGACCCUUUCACCCAGUUCGAGAAGAAGAUCAUUCAAACAGCAAUCAAGUCUGCGUCACGAGCACUACAGGAGAAGGGUCGCCCGCCUCUCCCGGAUUAUUUCAAGACUUAAUACUAUAUUGAUGAUAUAUAUAAACUAUGUAUGAACCUGUAAAUACUUCAAGGGCUUGUAACUCUUGUAACAAUUCAAAGUAUUUUUAUUAUGAAUGAUGAUAAAUGUGUAAUCAUAUUUUUGUUUUAAUGGCAGCUUAAUAAUGAUUCAGAGUGUUGUUUUUUGUUUACAGACUUGUGGAAUAGAGUUAGUUUGGUGUAUCUAUGAGAGAGAGAGAGAGAGAGAGAGAGAGAGAGAGAGAGAGAGAGAGAGAGCGUGACAAUAGUGGAUUCGAUACUUGAUUACAGGUGAAGACGCCAGGUAACGACCGUGAGGGGGGACACGAGCACCCGGAGGUCACGACAUCUUAUUGACGGGUCUCCUACUGUCUCCUGGUGGGUCUCCUACUGCCUCCUGGUGGGUCUCCUACUGCCUCUUGGUGGGUCUCCUACUGCCUCCUGGUGGGUCUCCUAGUGUCUCCUAGUGGGUUUCCAGGCAUGGCGAAAGACAUGUGUGUACAUACAUAGUUAAACGCGGUACAAAUUGGCCUCUACGUGCAGGUAUUUUGUGUGUGUGUGUGUGUGUGUGUGUUUUGAGUGUAUUCUAAGUCACAGGUUUGGAUAUCAAGUUACAGUUACGGCUACUAUGUGAAGAUGGCGUGUGUAUGAAAAAGUGUGCGUGUACAGAAGCCUUAGUUAUCAUGUACAGGUUCCGGCGUGUACGCAUAUUUACGUGUUAUCGACAAGUUUACUACGUACAGAUGCCGUGUGCGUGUUGUAAGGUUAUUUUACAAGCACGGUCAGGGGUUAAGUGCCUACGUGUGCAUGUUUCAGACCUGUCUAACGCCCUGGGAGUGUCGUGAACAGGCCUGGACGCGGUACACACGCUGGAGAUCCUGUUUACUAACCCUCGCUAAAUUGCGCAACAGGAGAUCGAUAAAGACUAUGGUAGGAGAGACGGGUGUGAGAGAGGAUGUAAUUCCCCAUUCACUCUCAUCUUCCCAUCAACCAUUACUCUGAUUAUUGUUACGAACCACGCCAUCAAUUGUCAUGAUCUACCUACCCAGCACUACGAAUCACGCCAUCUAUUGUCCUG